UUAUUUAUAAUAUUUUUGCAGGUUUAUUUAUAUAAUAGGAUGAUUACAAUGUGAAAUAUCAUACUUUACAAAAAAUUUAAAUAAUCAAUUCGUUUGUGUAAUAUAGCAAUAGAAAUGUCAUUUUCUGGUCUUGAUUCUGAUGACGAAGCACCAGAAGAUGUUUCCUUCUCAACAGGACGAGAGUCUGCAUUACAUGAUUUAGAGAUUGCAAAAAUAGAAAGGAGAAAAGGAAACAAAGAGGUCAAAGAAUGGAGGAGAAAGCGUGAUGAACUAUACAAGAAGCAAAAGGAGUCAAAGCUUCUAUCUCUUGAUAUAUUGAUGAAAGCUGAUGAAGAAUUAAAGAGAAAAAGAUCGUUCGAAGAAAAGCAAGAAAUAUCUGAUGAAGAUAAUGCCAGUUCUGGAGAUAAUGACUCGGAGGAUGAGAAACUAAAUGACAUGUCUGCAGAACAGCAGGACGCCUAUCAAAAGGUCAUGGUGGCAGUUAUUGAUGUUAAAGAGCCGAGGCCCUUAAUGCAAUCUGCCUUGGAUUUCAAGAAAACAAAUUUAUAUGGGAAGAGAAUCAAGAGGAUGGAUGUGUCAGAUUGGCGAGCCAUACGAUUAAAAAGCAGGAAUCGAAAGUGAUGAAAUCAGGUUGUAGAUAACAAAGCAUCUCAAUUUCUGAAGGAAGACAAGGCUUCUGGUGCGGUUGUUUUCAACAAUCAGCAAGUCGCUUGCUGUCCAUAAUGUUUACUAUGCAUUCAUUAAUGUUGUCAUUAAAACUGGGUGGAAGUUAAA